AGACCGGCCGUCCCGACGCUCUCUCUGCUCCACAAUAUAGAUAGACGUCACGACGGUUGGGCGCCCUUUCUCGGUUUCUGUGUUAAUUGUUUUUUACCAAAGGGUUAAUGUGUUGUUUACCAAAAGGAAAAAUAAUCCAAUUUAACUUUAGUUUUUUCUUUUUCGUAUCAUUAAGUUGCUUUUUUUAAGAUUUUAUAAUAGAUCUUUUGCGUGAGCGGGGGUGUAUUUUUAUGGGGGUGAAAUUGAUAUUUUAGGGAGUGUACCACGACAGAAUAUAGGCACAGUCAUGAACAACGACCUCGUCGAACCCGGAGCAGUACCCGACCGUUUACCGCUUCCAGAAAGUCCAGGAAUGGCUUUGGGCAGUGGUUCCAUAGUGUUUGAAGCCGCGACUCAAACGCCAACCUCUGAGGGCUUGGAUUCGCCGUUGUUUACCAACAAAGGCUACUGUCUUAAGACUUCUGGACAUAGCACAUAUGCGUUGGGUAAUAUCCAAAGAAUGAGACAACAUGGACAGUUGUGCGAUGUUAUAUUAAAAAUAGGAAUAGAGAAGUUUAGAGCCCACAAAGUCGUUUUGGCUUCAGUUAGUUCCUACUUUUUUGCCAUGUUUAAUGGUGAAAUGAAAGAACAAAACCUACAAGAAAUAGCAAUACACGACAUGGACGCUACUGCUGUGGAUUUGCUUUUGGAUUACGCUUAUACGGGUCAAAUUACUAUUACUGCCGAUAAUGUUCAGGUAUUGCUUCCAGCAAGUAGCCUAUUGCAAAUGCAAGAAGUCAGAGAAGCGUGUUGUAGAUUUUUAUUACGUCAACUACAUCCAACAAACUGUUUAGGAAUAAGAAGCUUUGCAGAUACACAUUCGUGCAAGGAAUUGCACCUGAAAUCCCAUGUAUAUGCCUUACAAAAUUUCCAGCAAGUGGUUUCGACUGAAGAGUUUCUGUUGCUACCAUUUGGAGAGGUAAAAGAACUGAUAUCCAAUAGUCAAUUAAAUAUUUCAUCUGAAGAAGAUGUUUUUACGGCAGUGUUGAACUGGGUAAAACAUGAUUUGUUAGAACGUGAAAAAUUUAUUUCAAAGUUAAUGAUCCAUGUCCGACUGCCUCUAGUAAACAGAGAAUUUCUUAUGACAAGAGUAGACAACGAAAAACUUAUUCGAGAUAACAACGAAUGCAGAGAACUUCUCUUGGAAGCUAUGAGAUACCAUUUGGCACCCGAAAGACGAUGCGCCUUAUCUACUACAAGAACCAUGGAAAGGAAACCAAAGGGUGCUGAUCCAUAUGUAUUUGCUAUUGGUGGAGGAUCCCUAUUCGCCAUCCACGCAGAAUGCGAAGCCUACAAUCCAAAAACCGACAUUUGGCAUACAAUAGCGCCAAUGCAGUGGCGUAGGUCAAGAUCGGGAGUAACUGGUUUGAGGAGGCUACUCUACGUCGUUGGAGGCUAUGACGGAGCGACCGAUUUGGCUACAGCAGAAUGCUAUAAUCCUUUAAUUAACGUUUGGACCGCCAUAACGCCAAUGGGAACUAAACGUUCUUGUCUUGGAAUAUGUUCUUUUGACGGUCUAAUUUAUGCUUGCGGAGGGUAUGAUGGAGCUUCCUGUUUGAGUUCAAUGGAACGAUUCGAUCCUUUGACAGGAGUAUGGUGCAGUUGUCCGGCUAUGAACACCAGGAGACGCUAUUGUAGAAUCUCGGUGGUAGAAAACUCCAUUUAUGCCCUUGGUGGGUUUGAUUCGACAAAUUACCAAGCAUCGGUCGAAAGAUUCGAUCCUAGGGAAGGUAAAUGGCAAUCAGUGCCUUCAAUGUCUUCCAAAAGGUCCAGUUGUGGAGUAGCGGCCUUAGAUGGUCAUCUAUAUUGUGUAGGAGGUAACGAUGGAACAAUGUGCAUGAGCAGUGGGGAAAAAUUGAAUAUUCGACGUAUGGCUUGGGAACCUAUAUCAGCUAUGCAUAAUAGAAGGGCAACACAUGAAGUGGUGGCCAUAAAUGGCCAUAUCUAUGCCUUAGGUGGCACAGAUGGUAGCUCUAGCCUGAAUUCUGUAGAAGAGUACGAUCCGAAAUGUAAUAAAUGGAUUUUAGUGAAAAGCAUGGCUUCUAGAAGAAGCUCAGUUGGUGCAGCUGUGUUGGAUUGCAUUAAUAUUGAGCAUGUACUGAGACAAACCCGAUUGAGUAGCUGAUCAGGAAUUGAUGAUGGGAAACACAAUGGAAAAAAGAAUAGUGAUACACAGACAGACUUAGCAGAUGAACCAAAACUAGUUUAAGUGUCUAAGCUUAAUUAACUAGGUAAUAUUUGUGAAACAAAAAAAAAUCUUGUGGCUUAUGAAGUAUAUAAUCGAAAUUUAUGAAGCGUUAUUUGUUUGAUCAAUGUUAUUGGCUUAAAAUUUUUGUUAAAUUGUGGAGUUUUAUGUAAGCAGUUGACUUUUGAUAUAGAAAUGACAUAAAUAACCUUCUCUGUGAUAACGAGUAUUCAAAACCUAUUUAAGGGAACCAAAAGGCAAUUAUAUAAUCAGAAUAAGCUUGUUAUUUUACUGUAUAUUAAUUAUUUAAUUGCAAGUAAAUGGAGAAAAAAUAAGAAAACAUUUUUUUCUACAAACGUGUUAAAAAUGCAAUUUUUAAAACCCCCCCGAAGCAUUAAAAAUGUUACUUUAUCGCACUAGUGCUAUAAAGUCUUUAUAGCACUAGUGUUAAAAAUGAAACAUCAAAUUUUGAGAGCGAACGUCAAAAAAAGUUUGUAUUUUCAGUUAUUUACAUUGAUAUUAAUGGUGAAAUUUGAACAACUGAGGUAGCCCGAUUGGCCGCCUCAUCUAUAUUUUUCAAGGGAUCGAUGCAACCCUCUUUUUCUUCUGUAUUUUGUUGCAUUUUAAGCAAAAAGCAUUACUGACCACGACAGACUUUCAAGAAACUGACAAGACAUUUCAUUACCUGUAAAACAAGGUGCUGGUUGUUUGGACUUUUUGACAAAUGCCAAAUUCAGUAAUUUUAUGUAGGAAAGAUGCUUCCAAUUUAUUAUUCAUUUAAAAAUCCAAUUUGUUACUAGUUAUUGCUUUUUAUGACCGUUUGUAGAAAAAAUAUUGUAUGAUAUUUAUGUUAAAAGUACCUAUUUUUAAGGCACUUAUGUGAAUUGCAGAAUUCGCUUCGCUCAUUCUGCAAACUUUCACAUGCGUGCCUUAAAAAUGUACUUUUAACACUUAUAUCAUAAAUAACUAUUAAAGACAUUAGUCUACAAGGAAAUAGUUUUGAGAAAUGGUACAUACCUACAUACAAGUUCUCGAUGGAUUAGACAUACCCAAUUUUAUUUUCCGAUUCAUUUGUAUUUUUCCAGAAACUAAUUUCUUUAAUGUUAGAGAAUUGUGUGACUAUAGAAUAGGGUUAGAUAUUCACCAUAUGAUACAAAUAUAUAAAGACUUGUAAAAAUAUCUACUAAUAAAAGUUGCUUGAAAACUUACUUUAAGUCCUCUGAAAAAACUAACAAGAGUCACAACGUUUCGAAGAAUAUCUAUGGCCUGACCACUUCUAGACUGAAUGGAUUUGACACAGGAAUACAACAAGUAGUAACAUGAUAUUAUAUUAUAUACCUACUCAGCUUGUUUUAAUAUUAGGAAUAGCAACAUUUGUAAGUUGCGAAAUCGACUAAUUAUACAAAGGGAAUAAUAAAAUUGUUUAUGCAAAACUAAAUGUACACAAGGAUGGACAACUUUUAUAUGAAUAUGGUUAUUAGGUUAAAUUUCACAUGAACAACCUAUUUUAUUCCACCAAUUCUAGAUUAUUGAUAUACAUACCUACUAAUAUACAUUGUUAGAAAAUUGUGUGUUGAUAAACGAAAAAACCUCUAUAAUGUUUACCUAAACUUCAUGUGCACUGCCAUUUUGCAAAUAAAUUUUACAACAUUUAUAUUAUGUGUUUUUUGUUAAAUUUUGUAUGGAUUUAUGUAUUUG